UCGUGCUUUAAUGGGUUCUAAUAUGCAGCGUCAAGCAGUUCCACUUGUUCAACCUGAGAAGUGUAUUGUCGGAACUGGAUUGGAGGGUCAAGCAGCUCUAGAUUCAGGAAGUGUAGCUAUAGCUAAGCAAGGGGGAAAAAUAAAGUAUAUUGAUGGUGAAAAUAUCACCAUAACUUCAUCUGUUGCUCGAAACAAUAUAGAAACAGAAUUGAUUCUAUAUCAACGUUCUAAUAGCGAUACUUGUAUGCAUCAAAAACCCCGAGUUCGCCAAGGGGAGUAUGUAAAGAGGGGACAAAUUAUAGCAGAUAGUGCAGCUACAGCAGGGGGAGAACUUUCUUUGGGAAAAAACAUCUUAGUGGCCUAUAUGCCAUGGGAAGGAUACAAUUUUGAAGAUGCAAUACUUAUUAGUGAACGUCUGGUAUAUCAAGACAUUUUUACUUCUUUCCAGAUCGUAAGAUACGAAAUUGGAGUUUAUUUUACGAACCAGGGCCCUGAAGUAAUAACUAGAGAAAUACCUCAUUUAGAUGCUUACUUACUUCAUCAUCUGGACGAAAACGGCCUUGUAAUGAUAGGAUCUUGGAUAGAAACAGGUGAUGUAUUAGUAGGUAAAUUGAUACUGGAAGCAGAAGAAGACUCACUAUUAAAUACUCCAGAAGGAAAAUUAUUACAAGCUUUAUUUGAUAUUAAGGCACCUACUGGAAAAGAAAAUUGUUUUAGAGUCCCUAAAGGUGUAAAAGGUCGAGUUAUCGAUGUGAGAUGCUUUCAGGAGUUUGAGGAAGAUGAUUAUCUCGGCGAUAUUGUAGAAAAAGUUCAUGUAUAUAUUUUACAAAAACGUAAAAUACAAGUAGGCGAUAAAGUAGCUGGAAGGCAUGGUAAUAAAGGUAUUAUUUCAAAAAAUUUGCCCAGGCAAGAUAUGCCUUAUUUACAGAAUGGAACACCAGUGGACAUGGUAUUAAAUCCAUUAGGGGUACCUUCACGAAUGAAUGUAGGACAGAUCUUUGAAUGUUCACUUUGUCCACAUCUGCUCGCGCAGACACUUCCCUCUGAGGCGGAACGCUCCCCUACCGAUGCAUUUUUUAUUACAUCCCACAGCUUUAGCAGAUCGCUUAGUCCCAAUCAUCUUCGGUGCAAGAGCGCUCGAGCAGUAAGCUAUUAUGCACUCUUUCAAGGAUCGCUGCUUCUAGGCGAACCUCCUAGCUGUCUUUGCACUCCUACCUCCUUCAUCACUCAGUGA